GGCUGCCGUAAAAGGCGGCCCGUCCCGCCUCCGAAUCGAAAGUGGAUGUAUGAAGAUAAACGGUCAGUUCUGUUGUGUUGGAAGCGUUUUAAGUCGGUUGAACGUUUCUCGGUGAUGCAGGUGCUGAGCUCUUCGUGGUGAGUUCAUUGUCCUGUGUGGCGGUGGGAAAAAUGGCCUUGCUGCUCUGGCUCCUGCUUGUUGUGACAGCUCAUGUGACUGACGCUCAGCUGGGGCCGAAGAGGAGCCGUCUGAUCCUGACCGAGGCUUCCCAUCUCCACCCGGUCACCUCCGGUCCGCAGCCAGGUGCCGGUCCGGAGCCUGGCGACCGGGCCACCGCUUUUCACGUCCCGACUUUGGACGGGAUGUUCUCCUACCAGCCCGAUGGUAGAGCCGUGAAGGAUUCUCUGGUCAUCCACGCCUUCACCAACAAGUCCGGGUUCCUGGAGUGUCUCUGGAGCUCCGAGUCCUCCCUGAAGAGUCUGGUUGAGGGGCUGCCGAACCGGACCCAGGUGCUGUUCCUGUCACUGGACGACUCAGCGGUCAGUGAUGCCCUGUGGAUGCGGGAGCAGCUGCACCGGGCCGCCGCCAACAGCAGGAAGGAGGUUCUGACCCGGCUGCACUUCUCUCCAGUGCCGGUCUUCGCUUUGGGUAACUGGAUCCCCUAUGUUCUUUAUUACUGGGGCUGCCUGGGACACAACUGUGGCCUCUCACAGGCUGUUUUCAUCUCUGAUGGGUGGAAAAUGCCCAUCAUUGUUAAGAGGCUGGAUGCCAGGUAUGAUUGGCUCAUGGGACGCUGGAGUCCGAAGACGUAUCAGCUGGCUGAUGCUGGAGAUGGGUGUGAACCCUCACCGCCUCUAAGGGGCGCUGUGGCCUGGGUGUCAGAAGGGAACUGCUCUUUCUUCAUUAAGGUUAGGAACAUGGCUAAAGCCAAGGCGUCCGGCGUCCUCGUCUACUCGCUCCCCGGCAACCCGAUCCAGGAUAUGAACUGUGAAGGAGAGGAGUGUUUCUUUCCUCUCGCCGUCCCGGCUGCCAUGGUGCAUGAGGAGUUUUCGGUCGCUCAGGCGCUCCGGUCUGGAAAGUUGGUGAAUGUUUCCUUUCAGACCACACCGUCCCCAAAUUUCUUCAUGAGUAUUGACCAGCAGGGGGCGCUGGCUGAGACGGGCUGGUUCCUCUACCCUUCAUUUAGCUUCAUCAACUGGCAGGCCCAGUGGUUUGAAUUUGCUGCUGGUCUGCGUAACAAAAUCCAAAGUCCUGCAAAAAUCAUUCCAGUGUUUGACCAAGUCACGAUGCAAGGCGACAAAGGAGCGGUGGCCACAGUCGAACUGCCGGCAGAUGUGUGGGACUUUGACGCGCUGGAGCUCGACGCGUCGCUGUCGUGUCCCGGCAGGAGGGACUCGUCCUGCGCUGAGUGGGAUCACACCGUCCAGCUGUUCGUCUGCUGCGAUCAGCUGAGUCCGUACUGCAACACGGAGCUGGGACGGUGGAUCACUGCCUUUCGACGAGGGACUGGACACUGGCUGACAGAUGUGUCCCCUCUCAUCCCUGUGCUGGACAGCAGCAAAUGCACCUUCACUAUGAAGACGGUGCCCUGGGCGAAGCCCUGGGUCGCCUCCCUCAACCUCAGAUUUAGCGUCAGCAACCACACAGAUGAAGAUGUGGCCAAGCUUCAUCCAUUCAAAGUGACGCCUCUGUUCAGUGGGGGAACCUUUGACAAAAACUACAACAAGAGGUACCAGCCAACGAAGAUCCUCAUUCCUUCGUUUACUAAGAAGGUGGAGCUUUAUGCCGUUAUUACGGGCCAUGGCAGCGACGAGAAUGGCUGCGGGGAGUUCUGCGUCACCUCCCACCAUUUCGUGAUCAACGGCGUUUACAAUAACACUCACACGUUUGACACGGCAGGAACGGCUCUUGGUUGCACAAUGCGGGUAAAAGACGGCGCCGUACCGAAUGAACACGGCACAUGGCUGUAUGGGCGAGGAGGCUGGUGUGAUGGCCUGCAGGUUGACCCCUGGAGGGUCGACGUCACCAAACAGUUGAACAUGAGCGACUUUGAUUCCAACACCGUUGUCUAUUUUGGCUGGUUUAACGGCCAGGAUCCAAAUCCAGCUCAACAGCCUGGAUAUAUCAUCAUGUCGUCUUUUCUCAUCUUCUACAAAUGAUGCAACUACAAUAAAUCUUAAUCCUGAUUCAAUAUUACUUUUAAUGUGUAAUCAAAGAAUAAAUUUCUACUUUUUCACUUUG